AUGGUGGUGCUGGGGCUGCUGCAGGUGGCCCUCAGCACCGUGUGCGUCGUCAGCGGCUUCAUAGACGGCGUGUUCAGAGCGGAGUCCGAGCUGAGCAAAACCAGAGCGCCCGUCUGGGCUGGGAUGGUCAUGGGCAUCCCAGGCGUUCUGGCUCUGUUUUCCUCUCAGAGGAAGAAUCCCAUUCUUGUGAAUGCAGUGAUAACUGCGUCCGUCAUCUCGUGUGCUACCAUCCUCAUUGUAAUCGUUUAUAGCUGCCUAACUUUGAGCUAUGGUGAAGAGGAGCUAAAUCAUCUACCAAUCCAUGCUAUCCAUACGAAAUAUGUACUUAAUAAAGUUGUCAAGGGUGCCAACAUAGCCAUGUUAAUUGCGUCUGUCUGCAGCGCGUUUGUUGUGCUGGUCAUUGCUUACCUGGGAUGCCGAAGUCUUCCUCACUGCUCGUGCUAUGAUAGCGUGACGGGAAUGGAAUGGUUGCAACCCAGUGAUGACCAAAUUCAGGCUGUGGAAAUGAUUUGUGCUGUACAAAGUCCCAGGAACAGCAUUUUUAAUACCCCAGUUCAGUUUCCUGUUCAAGACCUAGACACAGAGGAAGAUGUAUCCAAACCUCCUCCAUACAUCAGAAUGGCUUGAAAAAGUGAUGAGCACCUGAAAGCAACAUAUCUCAAAGCCUCGCAAGACAGCUGUGAGAAGUUCUUUGUUUUUAAAGAUGGUUAUGCACUUUGCCUUUUAAUAAAACUUGCACAGAAAGAGAACACCCAUGAUGCCCAAUGUUCAGCAAAGACCACAGUGUGGAAGGAAAGAUGUGAUGCUAUUUUUGUACUAUUUAGACCUGUAGAGUUAAAAAUACCUCAUUGCCUCUGAGAAGCAUGAGCUUACUGUCUCUAUGUUUUGUGUUUCAUUU